AUGAGUUCUACUUGCUUCUUCUUCUUCCAUCACAAUGCCAUCUCCUGGCAAUUCUUGCAGCUGCUGCUACCCAUCUUGCUCGCCACUUGCUGCGUCGAUGGCGCCAACAGCCUCGACGCCCUCGCCACCGCCAGGAGGCAGCUCCGCCAGGCCUUCUUCCCGGAUCAGCCCGCGCAGCUAGCCGUGCCGCCGCCCUUCUUCCUGACGCUCCCGGUGCCGCCCCCGCCGCAGAUGCCGGCGGGGCAGGACCAGCCGAUGUACCCUGCCUUGGUGUUGCCCACCCCUCCACCACUAGCCCGUGCGAGGGGGCAAACCCGCGGGGCAGCGCGCGCGCUGCACCACCAUGGUCCUCCUCGCCGCCGCCGGCGCUCUGCAAAAAUCGCCGCCCCACCACCCAUCCCUCGCCGGGCCUCCUGCUUCGGCCUCCUCGGGGGCGGCGGCGGCGGCGACCACCACCACCACCACCCCAAGAAGCUCGGCCCCUCCGUGGCCAAGCUCGCGCUCGCGUCCUUCCUCGGCAGAUCGAGGCCGGCGGCCUCGCCCGCGCCCGCGACAACCCGCCGUCCUCCAAGGCCGCCGUCGAGUCCAUGCCCGUCCCUGGAUCCACCGGAGCAGCCUCCGAAUCCACGGCCCGUCCUCGGGCCCCGCGCCCGUGAUGAGCCAAGGUGUUAA